AACAGAUAAAGGGACAACAACAGAAAUAACAACAAAUAAAGUAACAACAACAGAUAAAGGAACAACAACAGAAACAACAACAUAUAACGUAACAACAACAGAAACAACAACAGAACCGAGUACAGUCUCAGAAGAUUCGAGUAGCCAAAGCGACUUCGUGGCUAACGUCAACGCCUUAGAAACAUCUGUGACGGCUUACACACAGGAAUUGGACAGGGCUUUGAAGGAGACGACCCUGAACGAGACUCAGCGGGAGGAGGUGGUCGAGGAUUUUGGGAACAAAGUCAUCCAAGAGGCAGGAAAGGCACUGGGCCCAAAGGACGUGCCGCAAGCGCUGGGAGGAGAGGAGAGCGCCGUUGCCUUCACAAAUCUUCAGGAUAUGGUUAACAAUGCCUCCAUCACCAUCGCGAACUUAGUCACAAAUUCCACAAAGAAUUUCACAAAUGGAAACAUACACAUGCAAGUGUCCAGUAAACCCUUGAGCUACUACAGCAAGCCAGAAGCUCGCCGUUUCGAGACCCCGUAUUCCGGAACAUCUGUUGAACUUCCUGAGGAGCUCUAUAAAGAUGGCGUGGGCGAAGACGGCUCAGUGAGAGUCGUCAUCGUGUCGUACGAGACCGUCCCUAACAUUAACAACACUAUUCCUCCAGAGCCCGGUAAAGAAUCUAAGGACGAGUUUGCCGCCAGAGAUCAGAUCGGCAGCAAUAUUAUCAGUGUCACCGUGGUUGGAACUGAAAACUGGCGUUCAGUCAAAGGAGAACACGUGACACUGAACUUCAACCACGUCUACGAAGGCGACCAAUUCACCACGGAGAACCCUCGUUGCGUCUGGUGGGACAAGCGAGCUCUCGCCUGGAACACGACCGGCUGUUUCUUGAGCAUCAGCAGCGACAACUUCACCGAGUGCAUCUGUAAUCACAUGACGUCAUUCGCUCUCCUGAUGGAUGUCUGGGGACGUCGGGAGAAACCCAGCGGUAUGGAGGGUCAGGGCUACGAGGCCGCCAGAUGGCUCGGCACCGUGGGUUGCGUCGCCUCCUGGCUCUGCCUCGCCCUCUGCCUCGCCGUCAUCGUCGCCCAAAAGCCCCUUCGCACCACACUCUGCUGGAGGAUCCGCGGCCAGCUGUGCCUGAGUCUCCUGCUGGCGUACGCGCUUGAGCUGGUGUCCACAAACGUAGGAGGGCAGGGCGCGUGGUGGUGCAAGGCGAUCGGGGCGCUGCUGCACUAUUCCUUGCUCUGUGCGUUCUCGUGGGGCGCCAUCGAGGGGUUCAAUAUGUACCUCAUGUUUGUCAAGGUGUGGCGGACGCAGCGGAGGCUCUUGAACUACUACCUGGGCGCAGGAUUUGGCUUCCCCUUCGUGGUGGUUGGCCUGACCCUGGCCGUCACGCGGGGUCAAGGGUAUGGCACCGAGGGCAUAUGCUGGUUGGCUUCUGAGGCAGUCCCAUGGUCCUUGCUCGGCCCGUUGGUAGCGAUACUGUCGAUGAACUUCCUGGUCUUCGUGCUGGUGAUUCGUAUUUUGAUCAGAAAUAUCAAGGAAAGAAAGAGAAUCCAUAACAAAACGGACGCGGAUCUCAAAGACAGAUUCUGGGGAUCCGCUACCAUCUUCUUCAAUCUUGGAUUCUCGUGGGCCACGGGCGUCAUUCACGUGGUUUUUGAUUCUGCCAUCUCUGCCAUUAUCUUCUCCCUCACGGCCUCCUCCCAAGGCGUCUGGAUCUUCGUCUUCGGGAUACUCAUGAACAAGAAGAUCCGGAGAGACAUGAUGCGUCUCCUGCUUGGUUUUCGCCUUCCAUUUUCUUCUCGAAUGCUUAUCCCUGCUGAAAAUGAAUAUGGAGUAUCUUUGCAUGCAAUACAAGACAGUAAAGACACCGACAAUUAUAAAGUCACAGUACUUGCUACGAGUAUUGAAGAGUGAGAGCAAAAUAUGUUGUGGGGCCUUGCCAUCUUUUUUCACGACAAGAUCCACUAGACAAUUACCUUAUACAUCCAUACAUGAAGGUUUAGAAUAAUAAUACAGUUCGCUCUGUCUGUCUGUCUCUUUUUCUCUGUUUCUUUCUUUCCCUCUCACUUUUUACAGUGCAUCGUAUCACUGUGAGUUGUUCUGCUGAUCUAUUUUCUGCAGAUACAUAUACUGUGUGUACG